CAUCAUCUCCUGCUCCUUCUCAGUCCUCUGGUCUCACAGAGAGGAAGCAGAGCAGAUAGCGAUUCGUCUCUUCUUCGUCAGCCUUCAAGCAGUCCACCGCCAUGGAUCUCCAUCGCAACAACAAUUACCUCGUGUCGAACACCUCCCCGUCCUCCUCCUCCUCCACCGCCUCCACCACCCCGCACCCCGCCGCCGGCGCCGCCUCGGGGGCCUCCGACGAUCCGAUGCACUCGUGGUGGGAGUCCAUCUCCAAGGCCCGGUCCCGCAUCCACGCCCUCUCCACCGUUCUACCUCCCUCCGACUCCCUCUCCCUCUUCUCCCUGGCAGAUUCCGACCGCCCGGCGCUCUCCCUCCUUUCCUCCCAAGAGACAUACUCCGCCGUCUCCUCCGCCUUUUCCGCCGCCCUCUCGGGCUCCGGCUCCGAUCCCCUCUGCCAGUGGCUCUACGACACGUACCUCACCUCGGAUCAUCAGCUCCGCCUCGUCGUCCUCUCUUACCUCCCCGUACUCACCGGCCUCUACCUCACCCGCAUACACUCCGAUCCAUCUCCGUCCCUAGCAGGAUUUGAGGCCGUCCUCCUUGCAAUCUACUCUGCUGAAGUCAAAGCUAGAUCCGGCAAGCCGAUCACGAUUUCGAUUGUCGAUCUCUCUCAGCCAUCCCUCUACCACACACCGCGGAACAAACCCCAAUCUCUCGGACCAAACCGGUCGUCUCAGCCCUCUGUGGGUGUCCUCUGCCCUCCGCUCGAGCCACAAUUGGCCGUGAAGUCCACAAAGCGUGCCACGAUUGUCGGGAUCGCCCUGGACUGUUAUUAUCGUCAGAUAUCUCAAAUGCCAGCUUGGUCCAAGCUCGAUCUCUGCAGGUUCACCGCAGCUUGGGCAGGUCAGGACUGCCCCUGCAGGAGAGAAUUUGAUAAUGACAACGAAACCGAAGAUGAGUCUCAAAGCAUAGCCGAUCUACAGCACGAAAUCGAGCACGAUGCCGAGGAUGUCGUGGAAGAGUUUGGCCAUUUGAAAAUCUAUGAAAACGGUGGGUCUGAAAACCUGAAAGGAGCUCGAAUUCCGCUACCAUGGGAGCUCCUACAGCCCGUGCUGAGAAUUCUAGGGCAUUGUCUGCUAGCUCCGUUGAACUCCCAGGAAGUCAAAGACGCUGCUUCAAUUGCAGUGAGGAGCUUGUACGGUAGGGCUUCACAUGAGUUGAUCCCACAGGCAAUCUUGGCCACCAGGAGUCUCAUUCAGCUUGAUAAGAGGGCCCGUGCUGAUUCGAAAGCUGCCGAGGCAGCUACUGCUUCUGGUAAUGCAUCCUCGAACACCAACACCCCGACGAAGGCAAAGAAGCCGGAGAUUCUUUUGGUUUCGAAGUGAUCGUUUUGUAGGUAAUGAGUGUUGCAUAGAUAGAAUUUUAAGCAGUUGCGAGAAGUGAUUUGUGUACACUCCCAUGUCGAUGUGCUUGUAUUCUUUAAGAGAUCAGAAGCGCCUUUGAGGAAUUACAGCCUAGUUGUAUUUUGUCCAUGAUAGGUCUAUAAUAUGGCCAUGCUUGAUUUAAGUAUCCGUGCCGUCAGCAUAGUUGCUGACCCUAUGGUUGAUUU